AUGGCUUCUUCAGUCGCCGGCCCAUAUCCUCUCCCGGAGUCGAAAUUCGACUUGUCGACAUACUGGGGCAGAGUGCGUCAUUGCUCCGAAAUCAGUGAUCCGUUCAUGCUUCUCACCACUGAAAAACAACUCAAAGAAGCACGCAACAUCAUCUCAAGCUACCGUCGUGGCGAAUUGAAAGAUACCACCCCAAAAUUCUGGAAAGCCAAAAAACAAUUGGACUCCACAGUGCACCCAGACACUGGAGAAACAGUACUAUUGCCAUUCCGUAUGUCCUGCUGCGUUCUGUCUAACUUGGUUGUCACCGCUGGUAUGCUGACACCAGGUUUGGGUACGGCUGGUACUAUCUUCUGGCAGUGGGCCAAUCAAUCUCUAAAUGUAGCUAUCAACUCAGCAAAUGCCAAUAAAUCGCACCCGAUGUCGACUUUGCAGCUGGUAAGUAACUACGGUAUGGCCGUGACUGCUUCCUGCGGUGUGGCAGUUGGUCUAAACAAGCUUGUUCCUCGUUUGCAGCAUCUUUCGUCCAAUUCCAAGCUAAUCUUGGGUCGUUUGGUGCCGUUCGCCGCUGUGGUGAGUGCAGGUAUCAUCAACGUGUUUUUGAUGAGAGGAGGCGAGAUUCGGAAGGGUAUUGCCGUGUAUGACAAAAACGGCGAUGAGGUUGGUAAGUCGAAGAAGGCAGCCUUCCUUGCCGUUGGAGAAACAGCCAUGAGCAGAGUGAUCAAUGCCACGCCUAUCAUGGUUGUACCUCCUCUUCUACUCAUGAGACUCCAAAAAGGUGUCUUGAAGGGCAAGUCGCUAGGUGUGCAAACUCUUGCAAACCUAGGUUUGAUUCUUGGUACUUCUUUGGUCGUACUUCCAUUCGCUUUGGGUGUGUUCCCUCAAUAUCAGAAGAUCGACGUUCACAAGUUGGAAGACCAUUUGAAAAACCAGAAGGAUCAAAACGGUGAUAUCAUCGACAAAGUGUGGUUUAACAGAGGUAUUUAA